ACACUGUGUUCGUGUUUUCCCCCGGAAACAAUUAGUUCCGUUGGAGCAGCCAUUCAACGCCUCUCUCUGUCUCUCGCAACAAACUUGACCCAGACAACAAAGUAAAGCUAGUUUUCAGCUACGAGCCCGACACGGAACCCGACGUAUUAGCCAGAGGUCCCUUUACUACGGUUCGGAGCCGCGGACCUUCAGUAACAGUAAUAAAUCACAGCAAUAGUACAUUCACGUAGUUGUAAACAACAUGAUAAUAUAUUAAGUAAUCCAAAGUAUUCAGAAUACGUUACCCUCAUUGAGUAACGUAACGGAAUACGUUACAGAAUACAUUUUGGGGCAUGUAUUCGGUAUUCUGUAAUGGAAUACAUUUUAAAAGUAACCUUCCCAACACUGCUCACAGUUAAAUUAAGAGGGGACGGCAGUAAAAACUCCGGACCUGUGACGUCAUCACGUACGCUGGUGUUCCAAUUGUACAUAUCGCGAGUCCGUGCUCGCGUACUUGGGCAUUGAUAAACGGCCCGUGUGUGUGUUCAGGUUCCAUCACUGACACAAUGUUAAAAAGGCCGAAGAAGAAGAGGCUGAGGCGUAGUUUUUCUCCAGAGCAGACCCGCGUUAUUACACAUGAAGCUGACCUGCACACUGUGUGUAGCCAGAAACAAAACGUCAAAGUGAGGAGCUAUGGAGGGUAACUGUGCUGGCAGUUUAUUUAUUGUCCGAUAAAACAUAGCUGUUAAUGCUAUGUUUUUAUUAUUUAGUGUUAAAACAGAGCUUCAAGCUUUCAUCUUAUGGAAGUUUAACGUGCCUUCUGUCCAGAAGAGGGCGACAAAGGAGUGUUUGCACACCGUAGAGCAGAAAGAAGAAGUAGCGUUCAGUAUGGCCGCAGGUUGGGAGGCAAAGCUGCAGCUGGUCCAGAGAUCCGUCCGCGCUUUCCCAGACUUUCCCAAGAAAGGGAUCCUGUUCAGAGAUAUUUGUCCCAUCCUCAAGGAUGCAGCUGCCCUUAAAGCAGUAAUUGACCUGUUUGAAGAACAUGUGAGGAACAAUCACCAGCACGUUGAUCUGAUUGUAGGUUUAGAUGCUCGUGGUUUCCUGUUUGGGCCUCUGCUCGCCCAGAGGCUAGGUAUUGGUUUCGUCCUGGUCAGAAAGAAAGGCAAACUGCCCGGAGCCACUGUUUCUGUCUCUUAUGAUUUGGAGUAUGGCAAGGCUGAAGCAGAGAUCCAGGAGGAUGCUGUGGCUCCAGGACAAAAGGUUCUGCUUAUCGAUGACCUCCUGGCUACUGGAGGGACGCUGUAUGCUGCCUCCGAGCUGAUGAGGAAACAGCAGGCUGAGGUUCUGGGCUGCAUGGUGGUCAUCGAACUCAAAGAGCUAAACGGCAUCGACAAACUCAAACCACACAGAGUCUUCUCCCUGCUUCAGUACUGAGGACACUCGACCCAGAUCGUACCAUUUACUAACAUUUUGGACAUCCAAGAAAACAAGAAAUCUCUUGAGUUAAUUUUACAGUAAUUUUGUUUACAGGGUGUAGCUGUGCCCCGUUAUUUUAAUGGGAUGUUACUGGAAGUGCAGCAUAUUCAUUGCGCCCAGUGUCUGAACAGCAUCCAAGUUUACUUUCCCUCGGCUCAUUAGUAGCUCUGUGUUUGGGGCCCUGUUCCAGAAGGCAGGGUGAGUUUAACCCUGAGAGCAGGGAAGUCUGGGUUAAUAAUGUUCAGUCGUGAUGACUCUGCCACAGGAAGGCAGCUGCUAGUCACAAAACAUGAACAUUUAUGCCCACACUGGGGGAACAAUUGUGUGUCAGUGUUGGAGAUGAUGUAAAUAACAGGGAGUGCAGAUGAGACUGAAAUGACUAAGAAUUCAAAAUAUUGUUUAAAACUUAAGAUGCUGUACAUGAACACACAGCAGCCUCGUCAACUGUAAUGACUGAAAAUAGAAACGUUCCACUGGAAAUGACCAAAACCAGCUUUACUGGGUGUAAAUAUGCAAUAAAG